GACUGCUCUUCAAUGCAGGCACAUUUCCGAGUUAGUCCCUGUGCGCCGCGCUGAGAUAGUGGCCAGAAAAGCAAAUCGUGCUCCCCUGAGGAAACUGGUCCAUGUGCCGACCAGGACGCGUCUCUAUAAACUGGAUGCUGGAUAUCUCUCGUUCCCCAGAAUCUCGAGCAUGCGUUUCUUGUCCACUUUCUUCGCAACUGUUGCUGUCGUCCUCACGGUUCACGGCGCCUCCCUAGAUGACCGCACAGACGUCGAGACCGUAGCGUCCCUCUCCGCCAAAAUCAACAAAGGCAACUGUUACGGCGCGCCUGUUCCCCCCUGGGACGCCGGUUGCUCGCCGGGAUGGUACUACGGCGACCACCAUCCUUCGAGCUCUCUCAUCUGUCUCAAGGACGUCGUCAUCUGUGGACUCCUUAGCUUGUUGGAUUGCGGCUUUUAUUGCCCUAACACCGGCCGCCACACAGAGGCUCCGAAGAACGGCUACAAAGAGGUUUUCACCGGCUACACUGCUGCCGUCCGAUCCGUGGUCCCAGGGGACUAUCUGACUUAUGGCUUGGUCGACACUGUCCAGGAGUGCAUGGACAUGUGCAAUACCGUUGUUGGAUGCCAAUUCAUCAAUACCUACCAUGACGUCCACGGAAAGGUAUGCGCUCUCAGAUAAACAUAAGGAAUGGGGUUAAUUGCUUUGGUAGAACGGAAGUCCGCAAUUAACCUGCGCGCUUUUCUCGAGGUGUCACACCAUCGCAGACGCUGACAACCGCGGAGGGCAGUCUCAGCCUGAUGGCUCCCUCAACUAUAUUACUGAUAGUGCAGGGUAUUGCAAGAAUUAGUGA